AUGCUAGCUCAGCGUUUAAUAUUAAUAGUGACCAUUGCUCUUUCACUGUUUUCGACAUUGGCACUUGCCGGCAUUCAGCACUGGCGCUUUCGCAAUUGGAACAAAUAUCACAACGACGAUGCUGGUUGGCGUACAGAAUGGGGUCUACCUAGAUCAGGUGGAUGGUCAUGGCCACGAGGCAAUGGCAAAAAUCAUGCUAUUGUCAAGGACCCUGCAGGUGAUGAUUACGUCUUAAGAGUACGGUAUCCUGCAGGCAGCAGCAACCCUGGGGGUAAAAUACAAGGCGGCAUCGGGUUUUAUGCACAACCUGUAGAAUUGCCAAGGACAGCAAAGUUGGUCGUCUUUCAAUACAAGGUCUACUUCCCAUCCAAUUUCACCUUUGUCAAGGGUGGCAAGCUUCCUGGAUUGUAUGGUGGACACACGGCAUGUUCAGGUGGAAGUAAUUCAAAUUCAUGCUUCUCAACAAGGUUCAUGUGGAGAACCGAUGGUGCUGGCGAAAUCUAUGCAUACCUUCCUGAAGCAGAACAACGUGAAAGCUUGUGUCAAGAAUCCGAUGUCAUUUGCAACCCAAAGUAUGGCUACAGCUUGGGUCGAGGAUCAUGGACAUUUGCUAGAGGAAAAUGGGUCACUGUGCGCCAAACGGUUCGUCUCAAUACACCUGGUGUACGAAACGGCAUGGUACGAGUGGAUGUCAAUCAUCGACACGCCUAUACCGAAAGGCGUCUUGCAUUUGUCUCCAAUGAAACAGGCAAAUUACUCGGCAUCGCAUUCCAUACAUUUUUCGGUGGUAAUGGUGAUGAUUGGGCACCUUCCUCUGAACAACACUCAUACUUCAAGGACUUCCAUAUGUUCGCAUAUUACUAA